AGUUAGGAGGGUGAGGUGGUUGGGAUUUGGGUUGUCUAGUUGGUUGUAUGGGGCGUUGUAUGGUGGGGAGUAGUCGGUGGAGGUAUAUGGUACAUGCACUCUCUACUCUGCCUACUACCCCGAAAAACCAGAAUAUCAAAGAUGAAGGCCAGGAUCCUAUGACGAUGGCCACAAACCUUCACCGCCACGGCUGCCUGGCCACGGCGCCUCGAAGAUGGGAGCUUAAGGUUGCUGAAGCAAAGCAACAGCUGCGCUUUGUAUAGUACACGAAUAAGAACCUCUCUUUGCAUCUUGAUUAUCACUGUUCCGAGCCUCACACGGCGUCAUUGGAACAAGCAUCACCACACGCAAUUCAAGAUGUGUGGCCGCUACUCCCUCUCAAUGCGCCCCUCCCAAGUCCGCACCCACCUCCGUACAGACCUCAACAUGCCCGUCUCCUCCGCCCCCCCCGACGAAGGAGACGACGCCCCGCGGCGGACCUAUAACUUCGCCCCAACAUAUCGCGGGUUGGUUUAUAGGGCUGCUGGGCAUGAUGGGGGUAAGGAGGGUGAGAAGGAUGGGGGAGAGAAGGAUGGGGGAGAGAAGGAUGGGGGAGAGAAGGAUGGGGGAGAAAAGGAUGGGGGAGAGAAGGGGAAACAGGGGGUGGUUGAAGAGGGAGAGGGGGAGAAGGAAGUUCAGUAUAAACUACAAACCAUGAAAUGGGGACUGAUCCCCUCCUGGACCAAGCGUGCCCCUGAUUUCUCGGCCUCGCUGAAGACGAUCAAUUGCAGGGCGGAGUCUCUAAUGUCCACUCACGGCAUGUGGACGUCUAUGAAGCAGCGGAAACGCUGUGUUGUGCUUGUGGAGGGGUUUUAUGAGUGGCUCCAUCGCGGACGCGAUAAGAUCCCACACUACGUCAAGCGGAAAGAUGGGGGGAUGUUGUGUCUUGCUGGGUUAUGGGAUCGUGUGAAAUACGAGGGGGGAGAGGCGGUGUAUACGUAUACCAUCGUGACGAGGGCGAGUAGUAGACAGUUGAGUUUCUUGCAUGACCGUAUGCCGGUGAUGCUUGAGCCGGGCGGGGAGGAGAUGUGGAGGUGGUUGGAUCCGAAGAGGGGGUGGGUGGAUGGGGUGGCGGGGUGUUUGAGGGGGUGGGAGGGGGAGGUGGAGGGGGCGUUGGAGGUAUUUGAGGUGGAUAGGGGGGUUGGAAAGGUUGGGAAUGAUUCAGCGGAUUUCGUGGUACCGGUGGGGAAGGGGAAGGGGGGAUUAAGGGUUUCUUUGGGGGGAAGAAGGGGGAAGGAGAGAAUAAGGAGGAGGUUAAGGAUGAACUGGGCAAGAAAGAGGAAUUUGAGGAUGGAGUAG